AUGCUCAAAGGCACAACGCAACUAUUCACGCACAAGAGCGCGGAGGAAGCGAUGGGGCCCGACACGGGCGUGCGCAGCAGCGCAGGCGGCGAAGGAAGAAGCACAAGCACACUUGGGAGUACGAUUCGGCAGAAGCUGCAGGAGGUGAAGGAUGCAUCGAGGAGCAUCGCAGGCCGCCGACGGUCGACGAGCUCAAAGCGGUCGUCGACGUCGACUCAGAGCGCGGGGAGUGAGUCUUCAUUGGCGCGGAGCGACACCCCCGACUCCCUCAAGCCGCACCAGAGCGCGCAAUGGCGCGCGCACGAGAGCGUCAGCAUGCCCGAGCUACCCAUCGUCGAGGAUAAGGAGCAGCUGUCUGAGCACCAGGUGCUCACUUCGUCCCCGCCCCCGAUGUCGCCGCCCGUCGCGGACGUUGCGGUCCCGCAGUUGCUGCAGCAGGGCGUGCCGAUGCUCAAGGUAUCUGCCAAGAAGCAGAAGCGGUUUGUUUUCCGGCUCGACGCGGACCAGGGUCAGAUCGUCUGGCAGUCGAAGAAGCUGAAAAUCAUCCCGAUAGAGAACAUCAAGGAGCUGCGCGCGGGCGUAGACGCGCGCUACUACCGCGAGCAAUUUCAGCUCGCGGCUGAGUACGAGGAGCGCUGGCUUACUAUCGUCUACGUGCUCGACGGCGGGUAUAAGACACUGCAUCUAAUCGCCGCGACCCGUGACGUGUUCCACCUGUGGGACACCACUCUGCGACGGCUGUACGCGGUGCGGCAGAAGCUCAUGAGCGGCCUGGGGUACGCGGAAGUGCGGCAGGCGGUGUGGGAGAAGCAGUUCUGGCGUGGGGCCGGUGGCGAGACAGAGGACCAGAAGCUCAACUUCGAGGCGGUCGAGCGCAUGUGCCGCAGGCUGAAUAUCAACCCGUCCAAGGAGGACUUGAUGAGGAGGUUCGAGGAAGCGGAUAGCCAGGGCCUCGGAUACCUUAACUUUGAUGAUUUCAAGCAGUUCGUGAAGGCCCUGAAAGCCCGCCCUGAAGUCGACCGUCUUUACAAGAAGAUCACGGCAAACAGCGGCGGGCUCAUGACAUAUGGCCAGUUCGAGCAUUUCAUGCUGUCGACGCAGAAGUCGUCUCUGGGAGAUUCAGAGAUGCAACGUGUAUUCCUGCGGUUUGCAAGCAGCCCUACAGACGAGUCUCAAGAUGUUCCGUCCUCUUCCCUACGGAACUCGCUCGAUUUGUCUGUCCAGUCCGAUUUCUUGCCUGCCGAAUCAACAGAGCGCGUUCCUUCUUCCUCUUCCCCCGUGGGAGCCGAUCUUAAUACCGCUCCCUCCCUGCCCCCCUCGACAGUUUCCCUCUCACCCACGAUCGAGACGGCGGUUACGACCCUCAAGGGCUUCACCUCGUUCUUGCUGUCGACGGAGAACUCGGCGUUCGCCGACCAGCACGGGAAGAUCUGUCAUGACAUGACGCGACCGCUACCCGAGUACUUCAUCGCGUCCUCGCACAACACUUACCUCGUCGGCCACCAGCUGGUUGGCGCGAGCACCGUCGAGGGAUAUAUCCGCGCGCUGCUGCACAGUUGUCGGAGCGUCGAGCUGGACAUUUACGAUGGGGACGCAGAGCCGGUCGUGUACCAUGGCCGCACGCUGACGUCCAAGGUGCCGCUCCGCGACGUCUGUAUCGCGAUCGCCAAAUACGCGUUCGUCGUGUCACCUUAUCCAGUCAUCAUAUCCGCGGAGGUGCAUUGCUCGAUGCCGCAACAGGACAUGAUCGCGAGUAUUAUGUGCGAGGAGUUCGGUGCGGCUCUCGUGCGUGCGCCGAUCGAUGGCCGCAUUGAAAUCACCGCGUUGCCAAGCCCGGAGGAGCUGAAGGGCAAGAUUCUGUUGAAGGCGAAAAAUCUUUACGUCUCAGAUACGGAUAACAUCCGCGAGAAGGAGGUGAGCGUCGACACCGAGUCGUCCUCUACCGAGAUGUCCGCGUCCGAUUCGGACUUCCCGAGCGAGGUCCAGCAGGAGUGGCGGAAGGCCCGUGAGAACGAGGCAGAGGUGAUCAAGGAUCUGAAAACGGAGUUACAGAAGGCGCGCGGCGUCCUCGGCCGGGUAAGGACGCCCCGCAGUGACUCUGCGCUCUCCUCUGUCUCCGCCCUUGCAUCUUCCUCCGUCGCGGUCCUUGCAACUUCACCCCGGCUGGAGGCAUUGGACGCGCCCGCGGCCCCGCAACAGAAGGUGAAGGUGCGGAUGUCGCUGGCCCUGGUCGCGCUGCUUGUGUAUACGGUCGGGGUUAAGUGCCGGGGGUUGAAUAAGAAGGAGGCGUAUGCCCCCGUGCAUGUCUUCUCGCUUUCGGAAAGGACGGCGAACCGGAUCAUGAAGCAGGGCAGUACAAUGGAUCUCGUGAAGCACAAUCGCGGGCAUCUCGUGAGGAUAUACCCCAAGGGCACGCGCAUUGGUUCCACAAACUAUGAGCCUCAUCGAUUUUGGGCGACUGGGGCGCAGCUGGUCGCGAUCAAUUGGCAGACAUUUGACUUGGGAUACAUGAUCAAUCACGCAAUGUUUCAGCGUAACGGACGGACGGGUUAUGUGCUGAAGCCGCUGGCGCUGCGCAGCACGGACAAGCAGCUGCUCAGCAAGCGCACAAAUCACUUUCUCGACGUCACUAUAAUCUCUGCUCAGCAGCUGCCCAAGCCAAAAGAUACACUUGGACGUGAACUUAUAGAAAAGACUGUUUUGGACCCCUUAGUCGAAGUCUCCAUCUACAUCCCAGACUGGCUGCACAUAUCUCCGCACGCUACCGCUACUUUCCCUCCCGUUGGCUCAAAGUCUCGUCAGACUCCAUCGCCGUCGUCGGGCGCGGCUGGUACACAGGUGCCCGCACGGACGGUGACCUGCCGGACGAGCGUCGUGAAGAACAAUGGGUUCAACCCGGUGUGGGAACAGCGCCUGAGCCUCCCGUUCGACCUCGUCGGGGACAUGCGUGACCUGGUAUUCGUGCGGUUCACUGUGAAGCAGGAGGACAGGCUCGAAGAGGAGCCACUGGCGGUGUAUUGUGCCAGCCUUGGCAGCUUGAAUAUGGGUUAUCGACACCUCCCGCUACACGACUCACAGCUGUCGCAGUAUCUGUUUUCUACACUGUUCGUUCGGCUCAAUAUUCGGGAUGUUUGA